AUGGCAGGAUCCGAAGCAAUCGCGCAAGACGCGCAGCCUUACAGCGGCCUGAAGGGAAAGUUGAACGAUGGCUUGCUUGCAGGCCUCGAGGGCAUGGGCUACCAGUAUGUUCAAUACCAUGCGUCUGAUGAUGAUUUGUCUUACACCACUUUAGGUACAUGACCCCAGUACAGCAGAAAGUCCUGUCGCAGCUGCCUACCUUCCAGUCAGACUGCCUCGUACAAGCCAAGACAGGUACCGGAAAGACAAUCGCGUUCCUCUUACCAGCACUACACACCCUCUUGUCAUCUCCACCACUACCGCGCGGUCAAGUUGGUAUCCUGAUCGUAUCGCCAACUCGAGAACUUGCCCUGCAGAUUGCUAAGGAAUGCAAUUCUGUGACGGCAAAGCUUCAACAGUCACUUGAGUGCCACACCGCAUAUGGUGGAACUUCUCGUGACCGAGACUUGAAGAAGUUUAUUAGUGGUGACCCAAAGAUUGUGGUCGCCACUCCUGGCAGGCUGAACGACCUGCUUUCGGAGGACCAGGUUGCGAGCAAGUUCUGGUCGAUACGCACUCUCAUCUUGGACGAAGCAGACCAGAUGCUCGAGGCGGGCUUCCUGGUUGCAAUCAACGACAUUCUCUCAAGACUGCCUCCAAAGUCGGACGGAUGGCAGGGCAUGUGCUUCAGCGCCACGGUUCCGAAGAAGAUCGAAGGUGUGUUGCACAAAGUGUUGAAGAACGACUUCACUCGACUGUCUACCAUUGACCCAAACGAGACCCCCACGAUCGACCGCGUGCCUCAAUACUCGGUCGUCGUUCCUUCGGUGAGAGAGACCUUCACGACGCUACGAGUCCUGCUACAGAAGGAGUACGCGCUGCAACCACAAAACUUCAAAGUCAUCGUUUUUGGCGCCACAGCAAACGGCGUAGCGCUCAUGCAUGCACUCUUCUCCAACCUGAUCGGAAACAACAGCCAGAUGAAAGUAUUUCAGCUGCAAUCGCGUCUUUCGCAAAAUGCCAGAACGCGAACGACAGAAGAAUUCAAGGCAGCUCCGGCCGGCAUCAUGUUCGCUAGCGAUGUUAUCGGCCGCGGGAUGGAUUUCCCAAACGUCAGCUUGGUCGUGCAAGUCGGCCUGCCAUCUAGCGGCGAUCAGUACGUCCACCGCGUUGGUAGAACAGCUCGUGCAGGGAACGAAGGCCGAGCUGUAGUCCUACUCACUCGACGUGAAAGCUUCUUCUUGAAAGUCAACAAGAACCUUCCAAUCACGCCCUACCCAGAAGAAUUGAGCAAUGCAGCAGCGGCCGAGCACGAUGAAGUCCAGACAGCGUUUUACGGAAUCGACGAAACCGUCAAAGCAAAGGCAUACCAAGCGUGGCUUGGCUUUCACAAGACGUCUAUGAAGCAGCUCCAGCUCAAUAGCCAAGGACUUGUCCAGGAAGGGAAUGAGUAUGCCGCUAGCAUGGGCUGUCCCGAACCUCCAGUCAUUGAUAGGCAGGUCGUUGGCAAGAUGGGUCUGAAGGGCGUGCCCGGCCUAAACGUCGGCAGCGUGCAAGGAGGAGGUCCCUCGCGCGGCCGGGGCGGUGCCGGUGGUGGCGGCUCAAGAAUGCAGCAGAACACUGGCGGAGAGCAGGGUGGGAGCAGCAAUCGGGGCCGCGCAAACUAUCGAGGUGGAAACGGUCGGCGUGGUCGUGGACAUGGACGUGGAAGAGGAGGCGGAGGUGGAGGAAAUUGA